GAUACGAAUGCCGGCGCACGCGCAAUAUUUCUAUAAAAUGGUACUAUGAUGCUCGAAUAUUUCACUUAAAUUCCUGUUAAAAAGUUAAUAAUGUUUUGUGAUUAAAUAGUUGUUGAAAUUAAGAUAAAUAAAUUAAAAUGACUGCGUGUACGUUGUUCUUGUGGAUUGUACUUGUUUGGUGGACCGUUGAUGCUCAAUUUGGAACUGUAUCAAUCAGUUUGGAUAUGGGACGUGCUGAAGAGGAAGCUUUAAAUUUCAAAGGUCGAUGUCCACCGAAUACUUCUUGCAUUCCAAUCAGCUCAUGUCCACUGUUAGAAGAUCUCAUGGACUUUUCUUGCUUUUCAUCAGACAAAUACUUCCACCGUCUGAAUUCACUGACUUGCGGCAACAAUAAUGCAGAGGACCUCGUGUGCUGUCCAGCAUGCGAGUGCGCGCGCGUACAUCCGCCCAACACGGCGGAGUGCGGCCGCAGCAUGGUGCGAGCCAACGACUACAAGGGCAUCGGCCUGCAUCCCUGGGUCGCUAGGAUUGGAUUCACAAACAAAGACACUGGGACGGUGAGAUUUGCAUGCAGCGGUUCAAUCAUAGCCAAGAGAGUUGUACUGACCGCCGCCCACUGCGCGCUAGCUAAGCCUGAGGGAUACAAAUUAUCAACGGUGGUGGUAGGCGAGUGGGAUACUACGCGCAGUCCCGACUGCAACGAGUACUUCUGCGCGCCCGUGACGCAGGCCCUCAAGGUCGACAACGUGGUUGUGCACCCUGGUUACGAGCAAAAGAUCUUUCGCCACGACAUCGCACUCAUCGUUCUCAAAGACGAUAUCAAGUAUUCAGUGACAGCGGCUCCGCUCUGCCUCAACGAUAAACCGGAAAUUGUUAUAAAUGAACGAGCAACGCUCGUCGGAUGGGGAAAAUUAUCCGGACAGACUAACAUGGUAGGCAAACAACAACAACUAGAGGUACCGUUGGUCCCUCUGGAGACAUGUGAGAGUAUUUUCGGGGAGUCAGUGCCGGUACACGAGGGACAGCUCUGCGCAGGGGGGGAAGAAGGCAGAGAUGCCUGCUCGGGCUUCGGAGGAGCUCCCUUACUGAUCAAUAGAGAUGGACAGUACUUACAGAUCGGUAUCGUAUCGUUCGGUUCAGAGAACUGUGGCAGCGAGGGCGUGCCCAGCGUCUACACAAACAUCGCGCACUACUUCCAUUGGAUCGUAGAAAACUCUCCCUCGUGAAUCUAUUUCAUUGUUGUUUGAAAAAAAAUGUGUCUUUAAUUGUUUAUUAAAUACUAGCU